AUGGGUCUCUUCGAUAAGCUGCAAGCCAAGCUCGAGCUCUACCGUCUCGAGCAGCGCUACACGCGCCGUGACAAGCGCACCACCUUCAUCAGCGAUGCCACCUACGUCGACGGGGAGUACGUCUACACUGGACACCCGACGUCGCCAACCUCGAGUGUCUCGCGGCGCUGGAGCAAGAUGCCCAGCGCGGCCGUCAGGGAACUGGCCCGGUCCGGCACCGGCAGGUCAUAA